AUGGAAAACGAAAAAGGAUUUCAAAUGAAGUCAGAACUUUGGUAUCAUUUGGGUGAGAACACAUUAAGACGAAGAGAUAAACUCGAAGUCGGCGAUGCUGUUCUUAUAAGUAAUCAUGUAUCUUUAGUUGAUUACAUAUUAUUUUCCUACUUGACCACAAAAUCCUUGAAUAAUGACUUUGGUAAUGAGAAUAUGCUUGCCAAAGACUUAACUUCGAUAUUAUUACCCAAACUAAGCUUUUUUACAUGGUAUCAAAUUUGGAACAUUCCAAGUUUUCAAUUUUUAAGGGAUAUAUCACAAGCAGACGAAAACUGGGAUUUAGAUUCAGAUACAUUAGGAUCUACUUUUAAUAAAUACCUAGAACAAAAGUCUGGCACCCAGUGGUUAGUGACCUUCCCAGAGGUAAAUAUAUACACGGAAAAGAGUUCAAAGUUGGAGCAGAUUAUGGGGGAAAAAUAUUAUCUUCCACAUUUGGAAAAUGUUCUUUAUCCAAGAUAUUCAGGUUUUGCCAAUUGUAUUGGUGGCCUUUAUAAAACGACGUUCAAAGUGCUAUACGAUAUUUCAAUAAUAUACUAUCACAAGGAUCAAUCUGGAAAUAUUGUAUUUCAAGGCCCAUCACUUUUGGCUGCAUUCGGCUUAUGCGAAUCAGACAUCACUGCAGUCAUUUAUAUACGUUCAAAGCUUUUGAAUCGAAUCCCAUUGAGAAGAGAUAGGAUGGAGAAAUGGUUGGAAAGAAGAUGGGUGAAAAAAGACAAACAGAUAAAGAUUAUGAAAGAGCAAGCAUUGAAAAGAAUAGCAAAAUAA